UCAGGCGAUUCGAAAAAGCCAUAUUUUGCAAAACUGCAGUGGAAACACUUUUUUUCUCCGCUUUUAAAGGCAACAUGUUGUACAACAAAGAGUCACAUGGCAUUCCCGAACAUGAUGCAGCGAGGCUCGACAAGAGCUGUUACUGCAUCGCAAAACUUUUUAAAAGCUCAGCGGAUCAUCUGGAAGUUUCUCUGUGAAAUCGUGGACCAUCACCUCCCAGAAAUCCCUCAUACGUGGCCGCUCCCACGUAAAAGGGGCUCGCCGCCUUCGAUUGGACGUAACUACAGCUGAUGCGGUAGCUGCAAUAGAAAUCAGGGUUUUUGGAGAUCCUUGAAUAAUCAGGCCCCAUGGAGGAGCUGCACAGCCUGGACCCCCGGAGACAGGAGCUGCUGGAGGCCAGGUUCACAGGAGCUGUCAGCGGCAACACGGGAGGCAGCACUGGGAGCACCAGUGGAGGCGCCAAGGGUCUGGCCAAUGAGUCCUCUAACCACAGCUACGGCAGCCUGGGCUCGUCCAGCGACAAGGAGUCAGAGAACUCUGAUUUGAAAAGAGGGAGCUCCCCUGCCUACUCAACCCCGGAGAAGAAGCACUCGGAAUCGUCCAGAGGGAGGAAAAGGAAAGCAGACACCUAUUCAGAGAGUAGUCAAGGGAAGACCUCCACGCGUGGGCCCAAGAUCAGCGACUACUUUGAUUUCCAGCAGGGCGGAAAUGGCUCCAGUCCGGUCCGAGGCCUCCCAUCAGCUCGCCGCUCUCCGCAGAACUCGCACUCUGCGCCGGGCUCGAUCAUCCGGCAGAACAGCUCCUCUCCUACGAGUCUGUGUUUUGGGGAACACAAUCCUAAAGCGUCCUCCAGCAAGUGUGUGCAGACGGAGCUAACAGGUUUGAAACUUGCUGCUCUGGAGAGCAACAAGAGUCUGGACCUGGAGAAAAAAGAGGGGCGGAUAGACGACCUGCUCAGGGCAAACUGUGACCUGCGGCGUCAGAUCGACGAACAGCAAAAACUCCUGGAGAAAUACAAAGAGAGGCUCAAUAAGUGCAUCACCAUGAGCAAGAAACUGCUCAUAGAGAAGAGCACUCAGGAGAAGCAGUCGUGUCGUGAGAAGAGCAUGCAGGACCGUCUCCGUCUCGGUCACUUCACCACUGUCAGACACGGCGCGUCCUACACGGAGCAGUGGACGGACGGAUACGCAUUCCAGAAUCUGAUCAAGCAACAGGAGGGCAUCAACCAGCAGAGGGAGGACAUCGAGCGACAGAGGAAGCUGCUGGCCAAGAGGAAGCCUCCAAACCCUGCGUCUCCCUCCCUCUCAGUGGCCUCCACCUCUGAACCCAAGCAGCGCAAAACGAAGGUGGUCAACGGCAACGACUCCGACCCCUUCCUCAAGCCCUCUCUGCCCCAGCUACUGACCCUCGCUGAGUACCACGAGCAGGAAGAGAUCUUCAAGCUUCGCCUUGGACAUCUGAAGAAGGAGGAAGCUGAGAUCCAGGCAGAGCUGGAGCGGUUGGAGCGGGUGCGUAACCUCCAUAUCCGAGAGCUGAAGAGGAUAAACAACGAGGACAGCUCAGCGUUUAAAGACCAUCCCACGCUGAAUGAGAGGUACCUGCUGCUGCACCUGCUGGGCAGAGGCGGCUUCAGUGAAGUCUACAAGGCUUUUGACCUGUUUGAGCAGCGCUACGCAGCUGUUAAAAUCCACCAGCUCAACAAGAACUGGAGAGAGGAGAAAAAGGAGAACUACCACAAGCAUGCAUGCAGGGAGUACCGGAUACACAAGCAACUGGACCAUCCCAGAAUAGUCAAACUGUAUGACUAUUUCUCCCUGGACACUGACACGUUCUGUACAGUUCUGGAGUUCUGCGAAGGCAACGACCUCGACUUCUACCUGAAGCAGAACAAGCUGAUGUCGGAGAAGGAGGCCCGCUCCAUCGUCAUGCAGAUCGUCAGCGCCCUGCGCUACCUCAACGAAAUCAAACCCCCCAUCAUCCACUACGACCUCAAACCUGGUAACAUCCUGCUGGUGGAUGGGACCGCGUGUGGAGAAAUCAAAAUCACAGACUUCGGCCUGUCGAAGAUUAUGGAUGAUGAUAACUACGGCGUGGACGGGAUGGACCUCACCUCACAGGGAGCAGGCACCUACUGGUAUCUUCCUCCGGAGUGUUUUGUGGUGGGAAAGGAGCCGCCCAAAAUCUCCAACAAGGUGGACGUCUGGUCUGUGGGAGUGAUCUUCUUCCAGUGCCUCUACGGACGCAAGCCGUUUGGUCACAACCAAUCACAGCAGGAUAUUCUCCAGGAAAACACCAUCCUCAAAGCCACAGAGGUCCAGUUCCCCGCCAAACCACAGGCCAGCACAGAGGCCAAGGCGUUUAUCCGGCGCUGUCUGGCUUACCGAAAGGAGGACCGGUUCGACGUCCACCAGCUGUGCUCGGACUCGUACCUCCUCCCUCACAUGAGACGGUCAAACUCCUCCGGCUCUCUGCAGCCCUCCGCCUCGUCUCUUCCCACCUACUGACUGACAGACAGACGCUCCGACCAAUCACGAGGCAGGAUUGUUGGACUCGAAGGAAAAUGGAUGUUGUUUUUUUUAUUUGUACCUGAGCUGUUCCCAAAAGGAUGAAGCGUGGGAUUAAAUGGAAACCAUGAGAUGGAAAAAAGGGAUGCUCCCUUUUGUUGUACAGAGAUGUUCCCCUGAACUCAGCCGUGUGAG